GCUGCUUUUACCUCCAGCCCGUAUUUACGUUUUGGUGGAUAUUGAUAUCAAUGAUAUCAAAUGAUAUCAAUUUUCAGAUCUUUUGAUUAUCCUGACUCAUUUAAUUGAGGAUAUAAAAAAAUAUGGAAGUGCAAAACCUCAGCGCUAAUGCUUCUAUUAAUUUAUCCAUGCCCCUUUACAACCCCAAGCUCGCAGUUACUCUUCAGUCAAGCGCAGCCAACUGGAUUAAGUUGAUUUUGACCGCUGCAUCGGUUGGGCUGAAUGCCGGUGUCGUCAUCUACCACAUCCUCCGUCCCAAGUAUAUUACGCCUUUCACUACGUAUUUGUUAGCCUUGUAUAUUGGCAACUUGGUAUUUCUAUUCACCACCUGGCCACUUUCCAUUCUUCGGGACUGGAUGGGGUACUGGACACUGGGAAGUCCGUUAUGCAUCUUCAGUUUGUACAUCAGUAAAGUGUUUUCUGCUGUCACCGUUUCACUUCACGUCUUGAUUGCGAUAAAUCGUUGGUGGGCUAUCAAAUACCCUAUAUCGUACCGCAACCGGCACAAUAAGGCUGUGGCGGCCUGGAUGUGUUUUGCAGCUUUCUGUUGGCCGCACACGCUGGGGCUGGCGGGAUUUGUCGUUGAAGUGGUGCAGCAUUACCAGCCUGUCCUGAAUCCUCAAUGCCGACUUUUCUAUGGCAGCAUGUUGGAUUGGAAUCGCGCAGAAAACAUCAUCUACCGCCAUAUCCCAUUAAUAAUCAUUGUUGUGAUCUACUUAUUCCUGACCAGCAAACGAUGGUGUAACAGAAAAGCACGAAAGCCGGGAGCGGUUGCGGCGAUCGCAGUCUCUGGUCCUGCCAAAAAAAGCGCGGUUGUCCACUGCCCGCCUAACCCGGAAAGGAACCGCGCAGCCAAGGACAAAGUAAAGCCGUUUCUUGUGCUGACACUGACCUGCUUUACCGUCGUUGUGUGCUGGUUGCCCAUACAGACAUGCGUCUUUAUGUGGCAUUUUACUUGCGUCGCACCGGCCGAAGAGCCUCACUGGACCGAUCGUAGGCUAUAAUUACUUUUACUGCAGGCAUCUUCUAGGUAA